AUGUUUCAGACUGUUCUUCUUUUUCAGAAUUAUCUCUCCAACUUUGGAUACACUUCGCACAGCAGAUCAGGCAGUAAUGAUGCUAUCUCGGCGAUCAAAAGGUUUCAGGAAUUCUUUGGUCUUCCCGUGACUGGAAGGCUUGAUGAGAGGACACUGGAAGAGAUGAGGAAGCCGCGAUGUGGAGUUAAGGAUUUUGUGGCAGGCAAGAAUAGCAUGCGUGCGAAGAGAUACUCUACUUCCUGGACUAAAUGGCGCAAAACAUCUUUGAAAUACUACAUGACGUACGGUGACGACAUGUCAGAGAGCAAACAGGCAAGAAUCAUCGCCAAAGCGUUUAAAAUGUGGAGUGAUGCAGCACCAAAGCUUCGUUUUACCAGGACAUUCAGAGUCAGUGAGGCAGACAUAAAAGUCAGGUACAAGACAUUAGUCAAAGCAUGUUAGAUAAUAACAGCUCUAGCUAGGUUACUAAACUAACGAAGUAAUUUUUUAAGCAAACUAGUAGUUGGCAUGUACUAUUUCUGGGACCCAAUCCGAUCUAAGCACAAUGAAAAUUAAAAAUUUAUAUUAACCUUUUGUCUCCCCAUGCAGCUGCAAGUAAUCUCUUUUAGGAAGGAAGUGCUCGACCAAUUCAGCCUUUCUGUAACAUAAAUUUGAUUUAAUGAAUAUUAUUUUACAGUUUUGGAAGAAGGGAACAUUAUGGUGUUCCAGGUGAAGGCAAAUGUUACGAUCCAUUUGACGGUAAAUCCGGGAUGUUUGGUGGAGGAUUAGUGCUAGCCCAUGCUUUCUUCCCCGAAAAUGGUCGACUGCAUUUCGACGACGACGAAAAAUUCACUGAAGAAGGCUCCAUUUGGGGAGCCAAAAGUCUGAUUCACGUGGCAGUUCACGAGAUAGGUCAUAUUUUGGGGCUUCAUCACUCAGAUGUCAAAGGAUCGGUGAUGUGGCCAACUGCCAGUCGGGGCACACCGAAGCUACACGAUGAUGACAUUAAAGGCAUCAGGUCUUUAUACGGUAUGCUCUAG